AUUUAAAAUUUUCGCAAAUCCAAUUUUAAAGAAAACAAAUUUUUCAUUUUUGGGAAAAUAUUUGGUCGGGCUGGGCCCGACCAGCCAGACCGCAAGCUACGCCACUGCAUAUGCAACCACGCGAUUUUACAGUUCUGCUUUCGAUCAAUGGAAGAAAACUUACAAUAGUUAUCCCGCUUUAUUUACGACAUACAGUGCAAAUCGAGAAGAUAAAAAGGAUGAUUGUUAGGAGACAAAAAAACAACUCAGAGGUCAAGAUUUUGCCAUAGAUCUAUGUGGAAUAAUUGAUGUGUUUCAACCAGUUGUUUCGUUAAUGAUCAAAUGUCAGAGCUUAAACGUGCCUCCCUGGAAAGUUGUUGCUUGGUUUCCGAUAGUCAUUGAUAUCUUGGAGGAUAUCAGGAUAGAAUUAAAGCGACUUAAGGACGGAGAUGUUGUAAAACCAGCUGAAAAGUUGUUGCCAAGACUUGCAAAACAUUGGCAAGAAUUAACAAAAGAAGAAGUUGAAGAAUGUUUGUUUCAAGGAAUACAAGUCUACGAAGGAUGGCUCGUAGUCAAUGACAGUGAGCAACUCGUGGAAGGACCGUCUACAGACAAGACUGGGAAACAACAUAAUAAAAAGACUAUUUCUUGGGAGGCACGAUCACCAAAUGAUUGCCUAGAUGGUCUUUAUCAACUCACAGAAGAUAAUCCAAUGUGUCUGGCAUCCCGCUACAAAAACAUUAAGAUCGACAACAUCACUAAGUUAGAAGCUGUGUUUGACAUUGAGGGACUAAUAAAGCUUCUUUAUCAUUUUUCUCACGCGAAUGGGCGGAUCAAAGUCAGCAGGGCUGGAAGACAUCUUUGGGAUCUUCACGGGAAAAGGGAGUUUGCCGAUUUUUUCAAGAAUGUUUGCCAAUUGCCUCAUGUCAUGCAGCUACUAGACGACCAACCAUUACUGAAACUGUUGCCGCAUAACAGUGAUAGUUUCUUGGAGCAAUUUCAAGAAACUGUGAUGAGAAUGGUCUGGGAAGGUCUUGGUAAUUGUCGUUCGUAUAUGUUCAUCGAUGAAAAGGACCAACCAGUGACAGAAUUUGAAAAGGAGCAGCUAAUUUACCUUAAAUGCAUUGAGGAUCCUGCACUAGAUUUGUGGUUUACUCUGAAAUUUUCUUCGGGAGAGGCAGUGAAAGCAAGGAUCAACGAAGAAUUUGUGUACACCAGCAUGUACACAAAUGAAGAUAUAAUAAAGUCAAUUGGCCGAGAAAUAUGA